UUUAAGUUGAUUGGUUCUUUCGUCAGCUGUGUCUGUGUCAAUUUAUUUUUACUUUUUAUUGUUCUUUUCCAAAUAUCUUGUCGGAUUUGAGUUUUAUACAUGUUUUCUAGAAAGAAACCAGAACCGCCAAAACGGCGCAAUCAUAAUUUAUCGCAGUUUGGGUUAACGGAUAUACCAGACGAUUUUGAUCCCAGCAUUGGGGUAGAUGGUGGUGAUGAAAAUGAUGAUGACAGCGAUUUAGAAGCUGAACUGGCUGCAAUAGCUGGAGGUAUGAAGCCAAGACCGAAACCAAAGCCUAAGGCCACUUUAGUAGCUCCGAUUGAAUUGGAUAAUAUGAUCGCCGAGAGUUUGAGGGACGUGGAGAGCGAUGAUGGGGGAGAUGACUUAGAAAAUGACGACGAGCUGCUUGGGGAGCUGCAAGGAAUAGCUGGGCCGGUGGAUAUGCAAGAAGAACCCAAUGAAGCCGAGGUUGUUGAAAAGCCCACACCAGAAGAGGUUCAACCGUCAGGUGAGCCGGAAUUAUUGUUACCGACAACUGUAAUUAGUGUGGUUGAUGUAAUAAGGCAGCGAAUCGACAUGUACAAAAUCGCUGAAUCCAACGCAAAAGCUUCUGGCGAGAGCGCUAAAGCAAGAAGAUUUGGACGUGGGUUAAAAACGUUGAACGAUUUCCUAAAACAAGCGAACGCCGGUAAAGACAUAAAGAUCGAAGAUAUACCACCAGAGGUUAGUGUGAAACCUACCACUGGAAAUAUAUCUGACAUUUCAAAUGUUGCCAGUACAGUUGAGGAAAGUACACCAAAUGUUCCAGUUCGUAGAGCACCUGAACUUCCGACACUUGAAAAAGAUGAAGCGGUAAAUGAGCCUGAAAAAGAAGAACCGGCAAAUUUAGUUAAUCCAAUUGUUCAAGAUAUGCGAGUUCGACAGCAAGAAUAUAAGGCAGCAGCUCUUCAGUCCAAAAGGUCUGGAGACACUGCUAUGGCAUUACAAUUUCUUAAAGUUGUAAAACAGUUUGAUAUUGUUAUCAAAAUGUGCGAAGACGGCCAAGAAGUUGACCUAAGCGACAUGCCCCCUCCGCCUGACCAAUUCAAGGAAUUCAUUGAAAAAAUGCAAAUGAGUGCAAAUCAGCCACCUGAUGCCACACCAAUAUCUGUUCCUGAAACAGCACCUGUUCAACCCCCUUCGGAGGUAACAAGUGCUGGCAAUAUGUUGGAAGCACUACAACAACGUUUAGAUAAGUACAUGUCGGUGGAAGAAGCAGCUAAAGCAGAAGGGAAUUCAAGCAAAGCUAGGCGUUUUGGUCGCAUUGUUAAGCAAUACGAAGAUGCAAUAAAAUCUUAUAGAAACGGCAAGCCCGUUGCUUAUGACGAGCUGCCAGUACCUCCUGGAUUCGGCCCGCUGCCAUUAGACAACUCUAUGCCCGUAACAUCACAAACUACAACAAACCCUACAGAGCCUAAUGCAAAAAGUGAAUCUCCUUCACCAACGACCUCGCCAACUGCAUUAGAUAAAAGGCCUUCAGCACAACGAACUGAUCUUACGACACGAACUUCUGGCAACCAGACUAAAAAUAAUUUGGCUGAACAACAAAUGAAAACAUUGUUAGAACGUCAAAAAGAAUAUAAGAUGGCUGCUUUAGAUGCAAAGAAAGCCGGUGAAAUUGAACAGGCUAAAGAAUAUCUGAAGAUAUAUAAAGGGUUUGAUGCUCUUUUAAAUGCAGCAAGUAGUGGAUUACCUGUUGAUUUAAAUUCGUUACCAGUGCCUCCAUCGCAAAGGGAUAACCUGGAAGCUUCUUUUGCUAUAGUUGCUGCGGACGAUUGUGACCCAGAUGAUGACAUUUCCGAUAUUGGUGUUCGCAUUGAGGAACAACUUGCUAAACAACUAAUGAUGUGCAAAAAUACAAGAGAUCACCACAAAGCAAUGGGGGAUAUUGCGGGUAUGAAUCGAUUUGAAAAUUUGGCUCUUACUGUUCAAAAAGAUUUAGAUUUGGUACGAUAUUCUAAACGAAAGAAAUUUCCACUGCCUAAAUUUCAUUAUGAAAAACGUAGUUUCAAUAUUGUCCACUGUAAUACUGACUUAACCGAUAAUGAGUUGGAAAUUGUGGUUGUGAGGGGUCUCAACUAUAAUGUGCCGAACCCAAAAGAUGUUGAUACCUACGUCAAAAUUGAAUUUCCUCUUUUAAAUGAUGAAUCGUUCAAAAUCAAAACAGCAUUGAUAAAAGACACCGACAGUCCUGAAUACAAGCAAAACUUUAAGGUUGAGAUUUUACGAGGAAAUCGGCAAUUUCAGCGCAUCUUUAAAAGGCAAAGUGUUAAAUUCGAAGUCUAUUCACGAGGAUGCAGUUUAAACAUUUGUGGACUAAGUCGAUUACUGCCCAUAUGUUGUUUCAGAGGAUUCUUACGCUCGGAUAUUUUGAUUGGAACUGUUACGGUUAAACUGCAGCCACUUGAGACAAAAUGUGAUAUCCAUGAUACGUUUGAUCUAAUGGACGGUCGCAAAGCUGUGGGGGGUAAAUUGGAAGUUAAAGUACGUGUACGCAAUCCGAUUUUAACGAAACAAAUGGAACACCUUAACGAGAAAUGGCUCGUAUUGGAUACAUAAAUUUUAUACGGAAGUUAUUUACUAUUGGCUUUUAUUUAGAUGUCGAAUCUAAUUUAUUUAUUGAACUACAGAUGAAUACGUAGACAUUGUAAGUUAAUCAAAUCAGUCAUGUACAGAGGAAUACUAUUUUUGCUUGUAUUUAUUAAUUAACAUUAUUAUUUUUGUGAAA